AUGGAGCUGCGCAUCCCGCCGACCCCAGUGCCUGCCAAGGAAACCACCUACAUGUGUUCUUUCUUCGACUUCGAGAACGUCACCACCGACUUCCACAUCAUCGCCACCACCCCGAUCAUCAACAACAGCUACGUCAUGCACCACAUGCUGCUGUUCGGGUGUGCUGAUGAUUCUCUACACAGCAGCCGUGCAGCCAGAGAACCGUUCGAGUGCAACAUGGCAGGGUGCAGUGACGUCAUCGGCGGUUGGACGUUGGGACUCAACGGGAACUGUCUGUCUCCUCAGGCGGGUUACAAAGUGGGUGCAACUGGCUACAAGAGGAUGAUUAUACAGUACCACUGGAACAAUCCGUUUGUGCGGUCUGACUUCAUGGACAGUUCUGGACUCACCCUGUACUACACCCCUAACCUGCGGCCCUACAACCUGGGUACUUUAAUGACUGGGCAACGUUACCUGCAGAUCCCUCCCUACACUGACGUCACCAUAGCAACGUCCGACUGCACGGCCACGUGCACGAAGACUCUCCUCCAGGGCGACAUCUACGUCACUGACGCCAUCAACCACAUGCACUACCUGGGCAAGAGCAUGUACAUAGAACAUCAUCGCCAGAACAAGUUGUUGAAAUACAUCACAGAGGAAUCUGCCUACAACUACGACAGUCCGAAGAUGUUCAAAUUCGAUGAGCCGCUCGUGGUCAAGCCUGGGGAUGUGAUCAGGACCACGUGUCACUACAAGUCAACGGACAAGGCCACCAACACCUUCUGGGGGCAGGGAACUCCUGACGAGAUGUGCUUUGGCUUCCUGUCCUUCUAUCCAGCGGAGAACAUGCCGCUUGGGAAGCAUUGCGUGUCGAUGUACAAAACAAUUAUCAACUGCGACCCACAAACACAGAUGGGAUGUGGUCAGGAAGAGAGCGGAAGUCACGAUGAAUUGGGGCGGACACUCUUGGCCAACAUUUUGCCUUGCGAGGUGGAGCUGUACAAGGACAGUCUGACAGAUACCAGAAAUCUCACUCGGUCAUCUGGUGCCGGCAACAUGCAGCUCACCUCUCUGUUACUCGCCAUCACGGCGUCUGUGUCCGGCAUCUGGCUGUGGGGCUGA